UACAUAAACUAGACUUGGACCAAACCGGCGUUGUUGAACAAAACAAAGACCGUGCUUUUAGAUUUACAACAUCCCGCCUCCCGCAGACAGUCUCAGUCGCCGCUCCUAUCCUUUUCUAUCUGCCCUUCUCCCUAAACUGUAAACCCAAGCUGCAGGCGCACGAUCAUCUCCCCCUUACGUCCAUGGGUUUCAUUUCCACUCUUCAUCUCUACGCUCAGCCCAAGAUUCUUCCAAACAAACAGAAGCUCCACUUCCAACCGUUGGCUUCGGGCUCCGGCCACAGGCUUGUUCCCAAUACCACGUCCUUUAUCAUUAGGAGAUGUUAUUCGAGGUCUAAGAGAUUGGUGGUAAUGGCAGCGUACGGUACAGAUGGAGGCGCGAGGCGGCGCGUGUACAGACAGUCGCAGUCGGAGCAGCCUUUGAGUACUGCUCCGGUGAAGCAGAUUUCAUCAUUUGUGGUGCCCGCUGGCUUUUGCGUCGCUGCUGCUUUUGUUUUAUGGAAAUUGGUGGUGAAACUGCUUACGCCGAAGCCAUCAAGGCUUUCAUCUGUUGAAAAUAAAUCCCCUUCACAAGGAGUGAAGUGGUCAUUUGCUCCAGGUACAAACCUGUUGUCAGGUUUUGCUGGUAAGGUUGAUAAACAGUCAAAAGAGACGCUCAAUGAAUUUGCCAAGGAACUUAGGGCAUUCAGCAGUGUUGACAUGUCAGGACGAAACUUUGGAGAUGAAGGACUGUUUUUUCUUGCUGAGAGCUUGGGUUACAAUCAGGUUGUUGAGGAAGUGAGUUUUGCUGCUAAUGGAAUAACAGCCACUGGAAUAAAAGCCCUUGAUGAUGUUCUUCAAGCAAAUAUUGUAUUGAAAACCCUUAAUCUUUCAGGAAACCCCAUUGGAGAUGAAGGAGUAAAGUCCCUAUGUGACAUUUUGGUAAAUAAUGCUAGCAUUCAAAAGCUCCAGCUAAACAGUGUUGACCUAGGGGAUGAGGGUGCAAAGGCUAUUUCAGAGUUAUUGAAGAAAAAUUCAACCUUACGUGUUCUUGAACUUAAUAACAAUAUGAUUGACUAUUCUGGAUUUACAAGUUUAGCUGGAGCACUUCUUGAGAAUAACACUAUCCGGAAUUUACACCUCAAUGGUAAUUAUGGUGGUGCUCUGGGGGCAAAUGCAUUGGCUAAAGGGCUUGAGGGUAACAAGUCUUUACGGGAACUUCACUUACAUGGAAAUUCAAUUGGUGAUGAAGGAGUCCGCUCCUUGAUGUCAGGCUUAUCAUCACAUAAAGGCAAAGUUACCCUACUGGACCUUGGGAACAAUUCAAUAACUGCAAAAGGUGCUUUUUAUGUUGCGGAAUAUAUCAAAAGGGCCAAGAGCUUGCUAUGGUUGAAUCUUUACAUGAAUGACAUUGGCGAUGAGGGUGCUGAAAAAAUUGCAUAUGCUUUGAAAGAAAACCGGACAGUAACAACCGUAGACCUGGGUGGAAAUAAUAUUCGUGCCAAGGGGGUUGGUGUGAUAGCUGAAGCUUUAAAAGAUAAUACUGUAAUUACAAAUUUGGAACUUGGUUAUAAUCCCAUUGGACCAGAUGGAGCAAAGGUUUUGUCUGAAGUUCUUAAGUUCCACGGAAAUGUAAAAACACUUAAGCUUGGUUGGUGUCAGAUAGGACCAAAGGGUACGGAGUUCGUUGCAGAAAUGUUGAGAUAUAAUAAUACCAUAUCAAUUCUGGACUUGCGAGCAAAUGGACUUAGAGAUGAAGGUGCGGCCUGCCUGGCUCGCAGCUUGAAAGUGGUUAAUGAAGCUUUAACUUCACUUGACUUGGGAUUCAAUGAGAUUAGGGAUGAUGGUGCUUUCGCUAUUGCACAAGCACUCAAGGCUAAUGAAGAUGUCACAGUAACAUCUCUCAACCUCGCGAGCAAUUUUCUUACAAAAUUUGGGCAGAGUGCAUUGGCUGAUGCAAGAGAUCACGUAUAUGAGAUGAGUGAAAGGGAAGUCAAUAUUUUUUUCUAGGAGUAUUCUCUUAAUGGAGGAGGGAAAUAGUUGUGUAGACUGUCUGGUUUUUUGGUUUAUUCUUCCUUUGGCAGGUAUUGGUGAGAGCUUCAACUUUUAAGUUGAAAAUUUUGAGCUGCAACCACCAACCAGAGGUACAUAUGGAAAAUUUUGACAUUGAAAGAUAAUAGUUGGCUUCAGCAGCGAUAUCUUGCUCUCGAACUUCGUUGUUAGUCUUACAAGCUUUAUAGCAUUUGGUCAAUCCGUUUGUAUUGUAAACCGGUUGAUGAAGAUAGGUCAUGUAAAGCUUGGAUUAUAAUAGCAUAAAGUCUUUCUUUUGGAAUUGAACAUUGUUCCUUGUUGAAAAAUUUGAGCCCACAUUUGUUUAAUGGAGGUGCAUGACUUCAUAUGCUAAUUUGGCGGAUAAAACAUGUGGGUUGCUUGGCAGUUGUUGGCGAACGCAUGAAGUGAAAAAUAUAGGUGCUGAGGUUUUCUGAUCACAGGUGGCAUCCGGAUUCUGAACCCUGGUGCCUGCUGGGACGGGGAAUUCGCGCCGUGUUGGAUUUAAUGACAUCGAGCCAGGAAGUUUGAAUCUUUGGUGAAUCCAGAAACGAAAUUUUUAGUUUUUUUUUUUACACUCUAAAAACCCUUUCUCGAGCAAUAUUGUCGGUCUUUACUCUUUACCUAAACCUUUUUCACUAGUUUUUAAGUUGUUAAUAUAAACGAUUGCCUGAAGUAUUUUUUCUUCGGUCCUUACCGAUACCAGACAAAAGUAGAAUUUGUGUUUUCUAUCAAGUAAAGAGGUGAAAAUUUAGCUGGUUAAGCCCAAAUUACUGGUAGUA